AUGACUGUUCUACCCGUGGCCCUCGCCCUACUGGCCCUAUCUCUAGUGGAUGUGGGCAAUGCAGAGAGGGUUCUAGGUGCUUAUAUCUUCCAGCGUCAUGGCGAUCGCACAGCCAAAGCUCUGGCACCCACCGAGUUGACCGACCUGGGAUAUACUGAAGAGUACAAGAGCGGUAACUUUUUCAACAACCGAUACAUUUCCUCCAGCUCUGCGUAUCAAAUCGAGGGAAUCAGCCCCAAGAUAGUGAAUCUGAACCAGAUCGCUGCCAGUGCACCAGAAGACAAUGUUAUUCAAAACUCAGGCCAGGCAUUCCUACAGGGUCUUUACCCGCCGGUUGGUUCAGCAGCAAACCAGACCCUUCGUAACGGAUCAACCAUCUACUCGCCCUUGAAUGGCUACCAGUUAAUUCCCAUGGCCGAGGUGAACUCCGGUAGCGACUCUGAGGAUAACACAUGGCUUCAGAGUACAUCCGCCUGCGCCAACGCUGAAGUGAGCAGCAACAACUAUUUCUACUCGGCCGCGUACAAGGAGCUGUUAUCGUCCACGAAAACCCUGUACCAGUCUCUCGCGCCGCUUGUUGGGUCGAUCAUGAAAGUAAGCCAGUUGAACUACAAAAACGCAUACACUAUUUGGGACCUUUUCAACGUGGCUUCGAUUCACAACUCGACUGCAACGACUCUUCCAUCAAAUCAGGAGAUGCAACAGUUGUUUGUCUUGGCAAACACCCACGAAUACAACCUCGCUUACAGCAGCAACGACACAAUGCGCGCUGUAGCAGGUAUGACUCUCGCCGGUCAAAUUGUCUCUGCUCUGAACAAGACGAUCACGUCCGGCGGUGCAUCCAAGCUGAACGUCCAGUUCGGUGCUUACUCGACUUUCCUUUCUUACUUCGGCUUGGCUGGACUCGCGGCUGAAAAUGUCAACUUUACCGGCAUGCCUAACUACGCUUCUUCAAUGGCAUGGGAGCUUGUGACAAAUGCCACUGGCACGGGAAUGCCUUCCCAGUCCGAUCUCAGCGUGCGAUUCGUGUUCCACAACGGAACGAGCAUCGCUGGAUCCACUCAACUGCAGACCUAUCCCCUGUUCCGUCAGUCUGUGACUACGCUUCCUUGGACACAAUUUGUCUCUAACAUGAACAAAUUCGCCAUCACCACCCAGGAGCAGUGGUGUCAUUCCUGUGGGAACACUACCGGUAUCUGCAGCUCCAGCAGCUCUGCAGCGAGCACGCCUUCUUCUUCACCUUCGUCUUCCGGUGGACUGAGUCUUGGAGAUGCAGGUGUCAUCGGCGCGAUGGUGACACUGGGUGUCCUCGCGGGUCUAACUGCCCUUAUUAUGCUUGUGUUUGGUCUGCGCCUUGUGCGGAAGAGUACGCUUGCUGCUUUCUCUAGGAGCUCUGAAACUCCGGUGACAGGACCAACAGUGAAAAGACCGUCUGCUUGA